CGCAGGGAGGUGAGGCAGUCUGUAAGAUGCAUUGCUCUGGGCCUCUGAGCAGCAAGGCAGCAGGUGAAGUGGAUAAAACAGCAGCAGCCAUGGGAAAACAGCGAGUCAACAGGGAUGUUUGUAGAGGUGGGGAGGCUGGAUCUCAGCAGGGCUCCCAAAUCCAGCUCAGCAGGGUUAUGCGGCCGGACGAUGCCAAUAUUAUGGGCAACGUUCACGGCGGCAUCAUCCUCAAGAUGAUUGAGGAAGCUGGAGGGAUUGUCGGCACCCGACACUGCAACACACUGAAUGGGGACCGUUGUUGGGUGGCCCUGGUUCGAGUGGAGAAGACGGAGUUUCUGUUCCCCGUGUUCAUCGGCGAGGUCGUCCAUGUCUCAGCAGAGAUCAGCUACACGUCCAAACACUCGCUGGAGGUUCAGGUCAAAGUUGUGGCCGAGAACAUCCUCACAGGUAUGAAAAAGCUGGCCAACAAGGCAGCGCUGUGGUACGUGCCCUGUUCUCUGCAGAACGCUGACAAGAUCCUGGAGGUGCCCCCCAUCAAGUACGCUGAUGCAGAACAAGAGGAAGAGGGCAGAAAACGCUAUGAAGCGCAAAAGAUUGAGAGACAAGGGACCAAAGCCAGACUUGAAGAGGCGAUACCACCUCCACCAAACCCAGAAGAAGCACCAAAAGAACGGCACACGGUUGGCUUCAGCCAGUCCAGUCUGAUCCAUUUGGUGGGGCCUUCCGACUGCACGAUCGAUGACUAUGUUUAUGGAGGUGUAACCAUGAAGCUGAUGGAUGAGGUGGCUGGAAUUGUAGCAGCUCGGCACUGCAACACUAACAUCGUCACCGCUUCUGUGGAUGCCAUUAACUUCCAUCGCAAGAUUAAGAAAGGCUGUGUUGUGACUGUGACGGGGCGGCUCACAUUUGUCAGCAACAAGUCCAUGGAAAUUGAAGUGUUGGUGGACGCCGCCUCACUGGUGGACAAGGAGAAAGGCAGAUAUCGUGCCGUCUCAGCGUUCUUCACCUUCAUCUCCCUCGACAAGGACAAUAAGCCUCUGACUGUCCCCCCUUUGAAGAUUGAAGGAGAGGACGAGCAAAGACGUUCCGACGAGGGCAAGGCACGUUACGUCCAGAAUAAAGCAAAGAGACUCGCAGACAAAGAACGCCGACAGUGACCUCGAGGUUCACAAGACUCAAACAUGUCCAACAUUAUUUUAUGACCCCCCCCCCCCCACAGUAUACACAAUAUGAAGGAGUUAAACCACCUCUCUUGCUCUGAUUGUAGCCUGUUAAGCUUGUUUCUUUGAGCAUUAUUUUUCCAGCUGUGCUACAAGCCAAAGUGUUCAAAUAUAACUGCGUACAAUAUUUAAGUGAAAGUACUACUUAUUUUAUUAAUGUGUGAAAACUGUUCUUAAAGAGUAUUAAUGGAAAUUAACCGUAAAAGUAAGAGCGCUAUAUUUUUUUCCCCAGAAUAUCUUUAAGUAAAGACAUUGCACUGAUUUUGUUGCAAAAAUGAUACUCAGAGUGUGAGGGAAAUGAUGAAUAAGUGAGUGAAUAAUGAUAAAUAAAAGUAUGAGUCAGAGGC